CAUGAGGGUGAAUGAGACUUUCUGAAUGUCUUUCAGCCGGUGUAUCAGUACAAGGUUCACUCCUCGACGGUUCGCUUGUCGCUUGUGUAGAAUGUCAGUUUAGUGGCAGCAGUGUGGUGACGCCACACGCCCAGAUAAUGAAAAAAGACAAAUAACAACAAAGCCAUGUUCUUCUGUCUUUUAGAACGCUUUGAAAUUCACCAAUUGUCAAACCAAAAUAGCUCGUUAUCCUGUUCCUUAACAAGCACAGCUGAGGACCACGCAAGGUUUUGAAGCCUCGGAUUCAAGGCUGUAAAAUGGACACAGAGCAUGAAGAAGUGGACACUGAGGGUAAAGAGGCAUUCAUGGAUGAAGAAGACCCAACCACUCUUCUUGAUUUAAAGUACUUGGAGUUGUCAGAGGAGGACUGUGAUGACCCUGCAGCCAGAGCGGAUGAUGCAGAGAAGAGGAGUUUUGUCGAGACAGCACGGACAUUCAAGCUGAGACGAGACCUGGCCAACCUGGACUGCUUUCACCAACAGAAGGAGCACGAUGUGCUGAAAACCAGAGAAAAGCUGAAACUCUGCCAUGACAACAUUGAUGGUUUGGUGCAGCAGAGGGAUCACUUGGAGAAAGAAAUAGAACAACACAAAGCCAGAGACAACAGUGUUGCAGUGUUUCGCUUGCGAGCCCAGCAUAAGCGUCUCUCUCAGGAGCUGAAGAGUGAAGAGGAACUAGAGGCCCAAAUCAACCUCAAACUGAAGCAGCAGCAACUAGAGCUGUGGAAGGUGGAGGUAGAUCUUGGCAGGCUGUCCUCACUACGACAGAAGGUACAGGAGGAGGAGCAUCUCUUCCAGAUUGCUAAGGCUAAGAGAGCAGCAACAAGGCUGAAACGGGAGCAGAAAGCCAGCCAGAAUCAAAGGCUCAAGAUGCAGCAACUCAGGAAGAAAGAACCUGCCAUGCUGGAGAAAGCAGAGGAUGACUAUCAAAAGAAAAUCCAAGAGGUACAAGUAAACCGGAACAAAGCUGCCAAGUACUUGAAAGAGACCCUUACAAGGGUACAUCGUCAAAAGGCUGAAGAAGAGCAAAAGAGCAAAGAAUUGAUACAAAAGAAGAUCCAAGCAAUACAGUCAUUGAAGUCUAACAUAGCAGCGACUCAGGAGAGCAUACGGACCCAACAGAGCAAAGCCAAAACAAAUGCCCAGAAGAAAGAGCAGCAACAGAGUGCACUGAGACAGUCUCUGCAGGCCCAAGGAAUCAACAGCAUAACGCAUAUAUACCAACAGAAACAACAGGAGGAGUUAAAUCGAAAAAAAGAGGAAUUCACGGAGCGGCAGAAGUCAAAGAAGGUGGAGAUUGUUGGAAAAAUCCUUCAGGAGGAACAGCUGCUGAAGAGGAGAAACAGGCAUGAGGCACCUCUGCCUAAGCAUGCCUUCACUGACAGAGUCCCAUAUCUGGAGAAGACAAGAGAGAAGCUCCUGUACAGUCCAGAGCCCACCCCACCGCACGCCACAGACACCAACGUCACACUCGUGAUUAGAGAGUACAGUGGCACCAGCAGUGCUUCCUCAGUGACCUCUGACCUUGAGGACUUGGAGGAAGCUGUACAACAGGAAGAAGAAUGCCAGGGCUUUGGUGACAGCUUGGCUGAGCCUGAGUUUUCUGGACUAUGGGACCAAAAGUCCGAGAAACUCCAAAAUGUGAAGAGUAAAUUCCUGCCUUCAAAAGAAAAAAAGGAGGGUGUGAUGACCAGUAGAAAGCUCAACACAUCUGCCAGAAAAAUGUGUGGAAAAGAGCUGAAAGGGCCGCCUUUCAUCAGUAAACCAGAGGUCAUCCUCUUCAAGGAUUUUGAAAUUGGAAAAAUCUAUAAGAAGAAGAUCGUCCUGACUAAUAUCAGCUACAUCACUAACUCCUGCAGGCUUCUUGGACUUUCUGCACAACUAAUGGAUUUCAUCUCAAUCACCUUUGAGCCUCCUGGGCCUUUAUCAGCUGGGAUGUCGUGUGAAUUGCAGGCAGUUUUCCAUCCAAAGAUAAAUAAGGACAUGGAAGGAGAGGUGCAGUUUGAUUCAGCUGUGGGUCCUUUCUCUGUCCCCAUCAGAUGUACUACAAAGAAAUGUGAUUUGGAAGUAGACUGCCAGUUCAUUGACUUUGGAUCGCAUGUGGUGGGGCAGACUAUUUCACGAACUAUAACCUUGACCAACAAGGGUGCGCUGCCUACCCACUUCAUCAUGGACACAUCUGGAUGCCUCAGUCCAGAGGCAGUCCAGAUGCCAUCUCUCAUCUCUGCCACCACAAUCCAGGAUGCUAACAGGCAAACCUUGACAUUGAACAGCCAGAAGAGUUCCUCUUACAUGGCUGUUGGAGAAGUUCAACCAGAGCAAGUUGGUCAGGAGCAAUCUACGGCUUUGCCACAAAAGCAGUCAGAUUCUACAGAACCAGAGACAGCAUGCAGCGCUGAUGUAUCUUCUGUUGCUGAUGGCCAGAGCACAGCUGUCUUCGGUGAUAUACGUUUUGGACGUAUAAGAGAGGGGGAAAUCAGACCAUUCAAAAGCAUCAAACUUGAGAUUGUUUUCACACCGACCACACCAGGGCAGACCAAGCUGGACUUCCACAUCACAUUCUCCGACUUAACCAGCAAACCAAUACCCAUCCAUGUGAGGGGUGUGGCAGUUAGUGUCCCUGUAUGGAUAGUUCAAGCCAACAUUGACCUGAAGAUAUGCAUGUUUGACCGUUUCUAUCAAGACAAUGUCAUCGUCCAAAGCAGUGCCAGCACAGCCUUGAAGCUGACCUUUGAAGUGUGCUCCGAAAUGAAGAACCAUAUGGAGAUCCGACCAAAGACAGGCUUCAUCCAGGCCAAAUCCAGCUUUAAUGCACAACUUAAGUUCUUGCCGAGGUCGUCCUUAUCUGAAGAUGCUGAGAUGUUUUUUGACAGUGACACAGGGGUGUUGGAGGUCCCCGUGAUGAUGCAGGUAGCAGGACAGGUGCAGCCUGUUCCUUUCACAGUGCACGCCGUUGUCACCUCCUCAGACCUACAGUUUGACCAAACUCUGGUGGACUUUGGCUUCUGUCCUGUCUCUCACUCAGUGAAAAUCAGCGUUGGUCUGACCAACCUGUCCCUGCUGCCUCAGGACUUCGGCUUCCUGGGCCUUCCUCAGUUUGUUGAAGUCCAGCCUAAUGACGGCUUUGGCACUCUGCUUCCACAAGAGACCCUGAAGAUUGAUCUGAUUUUCAGUGCUCACCAAGCUAAGAGAUACUGCUUUCAGAUCACCUGCAAAUCUGGAGUUAAUCGAGAAUUCCAUCUGUCAUGCCGGGGAGUGGGUGUCCGCCCUCCACUGGACCUGUCUCACUCUAUCGUCCAGUUUGGGGCUACAGCGCUAGGGGACCACUCCACCGCUCUGCUGUAUCUGACCAACCAUCACACAGACCGUAAACUAUCUAAACAGCCAGUCCCUCUGGGGAAGAAUGAGGCCGUGUCUGAAGUCAUACCCAGGCUGUUCUUCUUUGCUGUACCACAGGAUUCAGACAUCAGUAUUUCUCCUUCUGCAGGAUGCCUGCUGCCUGGACAGAGAUGUGUAGUUCAGGUGACGUUCAGACCCAGGCUAUCAGAACUGGAGAUCAAAGAGGAGGCACUGCAUCUCCUCCAUCGGGCCAAGUCGCUCAGUGAGGAAAUGCCGGAGAGGAGCAGACACACCGAGCAGGAGAAGCCCAAUAAAGAAGACAAAACAGUAAAUCCAAAGGACAUCCAGAUGACAGAUGGCGUCCUCAGUCCUGAGGACAUACAUCCCAGGUCAGAGCAGUAUAAGGCAGGCCAGACCUCCCUGCUGUACUCCUUCACACAGCGAUACAGACAACACACUGUACCCUGCUUCGUGUCAGAUGGAGACCCCUCAGCGGACGACGUGCAGGCCCAGCCAGCGUGGAGUGCCUUCAAUACACUGUACUUGAAGCUCCAUUGUCCUGCUGUACAGCCCCCCCUUGUGGUAAUAUCCAACAAUGGCCAGAAUAUCAUUGACUUCCAUCAGGUGGCAGUGGGGGAGAAAGUGAUUAAAAUGCUUACAGUCCAGAACAUUUCCAAGGAAUCUUUGGAUCUGAGGUCAUCGUUGCUGGACAUCGAUGGCCCAUUUUCUCUGCUCAGUGCUCUCAGAUGUGUGAGACCCGGAGAGCAACACACUCUGCGAUUUGUCUUUACUCCAACUUUGGGAAAAAAGUAUGUGGAGUAUCUGCAGCUGCAUUGUCAGAAGAUGAGUCUGGAAAUGACGCUGUGUGGGGAGGGUGUCGUCCCCACCGUCACCUCCUCUCACCCCGGAGGUGCUGACUUCAGUUUUGUGAUGGUGAAGGAGACGUCCUCUCAGGUCCUGAAGCUUCAGAACAGCUCAGUGGUACCGGUGGGUUUCAGAGUUCUUCUGGCGAGUCUGUCUCCGUCGGGUCCUCAGCAUGGAGCUGACACGCUGCUCUUCAUUCAGGGCACUUACACAGAUGUGCACACCCAGCCUACUGUGGGAACUCAGAACUAUAAUGGACUGAGUGUGUUCAGUGUGGUGCCAGCAGAGGGCAGCAUUGCUCCAGGACAGAGCCAGGACGUCACUGUCACCUUUCAGCCCGACCACCCGUCUGUUCAUUAUUCUGACAGGCUGACCGUCGAGCUCAUGAAUAAGAGCGUAGUGUGUGUGGUGGAUGUCAAAGGUGCCGCAUCCUCACAGAACAUGUAUCUCUGCGGAGGAGACCGGCUGACAGUGCCCGUUGAAUCACUCCUCCCUCCACUGAUCACCAGUGAACCUCAGCUCACAGAUUCGAGGGACACGUCCUGCACACCAGUGCUGUUGAUGCUGCGGGCAGGUUACAGUUCUGGGUCAAUCACACCUGCUGUAAGGCAGCUGCAGGUGGGCUGCAUCAACUCUACGCAGUCCACACAGAAGGGUGGUGAGUUUCACUGGGGUGAUGUGGAGUCCCUGCAGCAGCACGGCUUCAGAGUGGAGCCCACCAAAGGCUCCGUGGGUGUGGGCCUCAGAUGCACCAUCACCAUCACCUGGACUCCGCACGCUGGAUACAAGUGGACAACACAUUAUUUAUACAAAGAAUUAAAUCUGCCCAAUGAGGUUGUGCAGAUGUGUGCCCCUCUGACCCUCACGGGGGACAACACCAAUGUUUACAGCAUCAAUCUGCAGGCAAUGACUGUUCCCCGCCUCUUUUCUUUGACCUUUUCAAAGCUGAGGUCAUCGUUGCUGGACAUCGAUGGCCCAUUUUCUCUGCUCAGUGCUCUCAGAUGUGUGAGACCCGGAGAGCAACACACUCUGCGAUUUGUCUUUACUCCAACUUUGGGAAAAAAGUAUGUGGAGUAUCUGCAGCUGCAUUGUCAGAAGAUGAGUCUGGAAAUGACGCUGUGUGGGGAGGGUGUCGUCCCCACCGUCACCUCCUCUCACCCCGGAGGUGUGCUUGACUUCAGUUUUGUGAUGGUGAAGGAGACGUCCUCUCAGGUCCUGAAGCUUCAGAACAGCUCAGUGGUACCGGUGGGUUUCAGAGUUCUUCUGGCGAGUCUGUCUCCGUCGGGUCCUCAGCAUGGAGCUGACACGCUGCUCUUCAUUCAGGGCACUUACACAGAUGUGCACACCCAGCUACUCAUUUAUUUGUGUUUUACAGGAACUCAGAACUAUAAUGGACUGAGUGUGUUCAGUGUGGUGCCAGCAGAGGGCAGCAUUGCUCCAGGACAGAGCCAGGACGUCACUGUCACCUUUCAGCCCGACCACCCGUCUGUUCAUUAUUCUGACAGGCUGACCGUCGAGCUCAUGAAUAAGAGCGUAGUGUGUGUGGUGGAUGUCAAAGGUGCCGCAUCCUCACAGAACAUGUAUCUCUGCGGAGGAGACCGGCUGACAGUGCCCGUUGAAUCACUCCUCCCUCCACUGAUCACCAGUGAACCUCAGCUCACAGAUUCGAGGGACACGUCCUGCACACCAGUGCUGUUGAUGCUGCGGGCAGGUUACAGUUCUGGGUCAAUCACACCUGCUGUAAGGCAGCUGCAGGUGGGCUGCAUCAACUCUACGCAGUCCACACAGAAGGGUGGUGAGUUUCACUGGGGUGAUGUGGAGUCCCUGCAGCAGCACGGCUUCAGAGUGGAGCCCACCAAAGGCUCCGUGGGUGUGGGCCUCAGAUGCACCAUCACCAUCACCUGGACUCCGCACGCUGGAUACAAGCCCAAUGAGGUUGUGCAGAUGUGUGCCCCUCUGACCCUCACGGGGGACAACACCAAUGUUUACAGCAUCAAUCUGCAGGGUUUACUCUCAACUCAAUGACCUCUGACCUCCACCCUGAAUGCCA